AUGACCCCAUUGAUGAUCCCAUUGCUCCUCCUCCUAUCCCCUUCCUCCUCCUCCUCCCCAUCCUCCGAGCUAUUGGUCGUCACCCCGGACGGACCAAUCCUGGGCUCCCUCCUCCCCGCCUCCCCCUCCUCAUUGGCCGCCGCCUUCUUGGGCAUCCCUUACGCUCAACCCCCAUUGGGCCCCCUCCGUUUCCGCCCUCCAAUCCCAGCCCGCCCUUGGACCCACCCAUUGGACGCCUCCUCCCACCCCAACGCUUGCUUCCAAUUGGUCGACACGGCCUUCCCAGGAUUCCAUGGGGCCGAGAUGUGGAACCCCAAUCGGGAUAUGAGCGAGGAUUGCCUUUACCUUAACAUCUGGACCCCAUCCCCCCGCCCGCCCCAGCCAAUCCCGGUCAUGGUUUGGAUCUACGGGGGCGGGUUUUACAGCGGAGCCGCCUCAUUGGACGUCUACGACGGCCGCAUCCUCGCUGUGGACCAAUCGGUGGUCGUCGUAUCCAUGAAUUACCGCGUUGGGGCAUUGGGGUUUUUGGGGUUCCCCGGUUAUGGGGACGCCCCCGGUAAUGUGGGGCUCUUGGACCAACGCUUGGCAUUGACUUGGGUCCAACGGAGCAUCCAUGCUUUUGGGGGGGACCCCAAUAGGGUGACCCUCUUUGGGGAGAGCGCCGGCGCCGCUUCCAUAGGGAUCCAUCUCCUCUCCCCUAUAACCCGGUCCCUUUUCCACCGCGCCGUCCUCCAAAGCGGGUCCCCCAACGCCCCAUGGGUCACCAUAGGCCCCAAUGAGAGCCGUCGGAGGGGGUUGGCUUUAGGGGUGGCUUUGGGGUGCAUUGGGAAUGAGUCGGAAGUAGUGGGGUGCUUAAGGGAGAGGGAACCCCAAGAGUUGGUGCAAUGGGAAGGGUCGGUGAUCCCACAAGGGAGCGUGUUCCGGUUUGCCUUCGUCCCAGUUGUGGAUGGGGAGGUGAUAAGGGAUAGUCCCGAUGCGCUCCUAAAGGAGGAUGCUGGGAGGCAAUGCGACAUCCUAUUGGGCGCCGUUCAGGACGAGGGCACCUACUUCCUGGUCUAUGGGGUCCCCGGUUUCGGGAAGGACAACGAGAGCCUCAUCAGCCGCGAUGAGUUCCUACAAGGGGUGCGGAUGGGGGUCCCCCAAGCCAAUGAGGUGGUGUCCGCAGCAGUGGAGCUCCAGUAUACAGACUGGUUGGACCAGUAUAACCCAGUAAAGAACAGGGAAGCACUGGGAGCUAUUGUCGGGGAUCAUAACGUGGUUUGCCCAUUGAUGGAGUUCGCGUCCCAUUGGGAUGAAGGGGGACGGGGUCGGGUGUACGCGUACCUGUUUGAGCAUCGGGCGUCGAAUUUGGGGUGGCCCCAAUGGAUGGGGGUGCCCCAUGGGUACGAGAUCGAGUUCGUGUUCGGGCAGCCCCUAAGGGCCGGGAUGAACUACACGGAGGAGGAGAAGAGGCUGAGCAGGAGGAUGAUGGGAUACUGGGGGAACUUCGCGCGGACUGGUGACCCCAACAAGGCCAAUGACGACGACGAUGACGACGACGAUGGGGGAGGGGUUCCCAGUUGGCCCCAGUUCACAGCACGGGGGCAGGGCUACGCCCGCCUCAACACCGAGCCCCUGGGGGAGGGGAAGGGGCUGAGGGCCCAGGCCUGCGCCUUCUGGACCCGCUUCCUGCCCAAGCUCAUGCGCGCUACUG